AUGGCUCAGACCCAAAGGAGGCAGAGUAAGGCCACCAAUCGGCUAGUCGGCCUGUUUAAGCGCAACCCGUCGAUUCCUGACAUCAUGCCUCCCAUUACAACCCAAAAGCCCGCUGGCGACGCGGCAAGGUCGGGGCUGGCAAUCACACCGGCACCGCCGGCGGCGUCAAAUCUCAAGGACAGACGGUUGUCGACCUCGGCAUCGACGCCAAACUUGAUUGAGGUUGCCGCUGCCGCCGCCGCCGCCAGCAACGACCAGCCGGCGAUGGCUGUAUAUGCAGCGACUGAGCGGGGCGACAUUCCGCCAAUGCCAGUGCCGCCAACCAUGAGACCCAGCAUUUCUUUGGUGUCCAACUAUAACGGAUUAUCUAUGGAGUCAAUAGGCACUGCAGAUAACAACAGGUCAGGAUCUUUGCUUUCAGCACGCACGGCUCGGGGAGGUUCUAUUAGCGACACAAUGGUGGCGAGCGUGGGCGGAAUUUUGACGGGCAUCGAGGACCAGAGCUCGACGCAGCAGCAACAGGUCCUGAGACCCGCAUUGCGCAUAGCUACCCACACAACCAGUGAGGCCUUGGCAUUUGUUUCCGAGCACACGCAGUUGCAUGAGUCUAUCAUGAGUGCUAGUGCGGAUGGCACAAUGCGCAGUCGCAAGUCCAGCGUGGCCGCUUCAGGCUCGCAAUCCAUAGCCCGUAACGGUAUGGGCCUGGCCGCUGGCAUUGUGAGCAAUAAUUCGAGCCCACUGUCGGCCCUGUGGUUUAUCAAUACUCUGCACCGGUCGAUGACCACUGGCGGUGCGUACCUGACCCCCAGUCUGUUCAUCCCCAGACGGCUGUGGUUCCAGACGGGCAUCCGCGUUGCUGCGAUUGAGACAAAGCUCGGCGUAUUAGCCCAGCUGACUCAGUCGUUCUCAUCGAUGAACUCACAGCUCUCACUGCCCAACAUUGACGCGCUGUUUUUGUCAAACGUGCCAGCCAAGCUGGAGGAGUGCCGGGCAGAGACCACCCCGUGGGAGUCAGAAGACAAGAGCGGCCGCAACAACCCGGAGAAGGACAGCCUGCAUAAGGCGUGCGUGGCGCUGCACCAUUGGCUGAACAACCUGGAGGAAAUGCUGGAAAGCAACCGCCGCGCUACCUUGUCCAACCCGCUGGCCGCCGCUUCGAACGAGAAUCUGCAGGCGUCCUUUACGCACCUGCCAUUUGCGGCCACUGCCUUCCCUGCCGCCAGCUCGCACGAUGGCAACAACCAAGUGAGCAAUGCAUCGUUCCCGAACUUGACGCUUAGCAAUGGCGAUCUUGUCAAUGGCAGCAGCCACACAACGCCCAUGUCGCCCACCAGCCCAGAUGUCGAGCUACCGUCCGAAACGCGGACAUCCGAUGUGCGUAUUCCAGAGGCUCCGAACGGCGUUAUGUUUGGCGGCAGCGGUAUGGCAUCCGCGUCAAACGCGAACCGCGAUCAGCUGAGCAAGGACCAGAUGGGCAACUCGCGGUUCAAGGGGCUCGGGAAACUUGGCAAGAGCGUCGACCGGCUCUACUCGAAUAUUCAGAAGGAGAAACUCGAUGACACCUCAGCAGCCAUCAGUGUCGUCAAUUGGCUCGGCGGCCGAAAGGAAGUCAUCGAAUGCAUCGACAUCCACAAGCGCGACUGCUGCUGCUGCUGCUGCUGCACGGCAACUGCGAUGUUGACGGCAACUACCGCCGUAUCCCCUGCUGCUAAUGGCACCAAUGCCACUACAACUACUGCUGGGACUGACAAGAAGAACAGACGGCGGUCAAACUACUUUAGUCAGCGCCAGAACAGCACUGGAUUUGUUGAAACCAAUGAAGCCAUGCCUAGCAUCAACACGAAGCAAAGCCUCGCACAGAGUCCUUCUCGUCAAUUCCGCGCCUAA